UGUUAGUUGGUUUAGUUGAAGUGUGUCCGUCGUUGAGUUUAGUCGUGUAUUUUCGCUGUGCCGUCUGCCGUUUUGUGCUGGUUUUGUGUGCUCACAAAAGUGAAAUUCAAACCGAAAGAAGAAAAAACUAAAAAAUCAACCACUUCGUGCAUUAUAUUUACACGGUCGGUCAGAGAGAGAGCGGGUACGCACUCACUUACUCAAAAUUAACGAGUAAAAAAAAAGAAUUUCAAACAACUAGAGAGCGCACGACAUUGCUCCAAUAUGAAAAACACAAUAUUAACAAACCCCAUGCAUUGCUGCAGUAUGAACGGGGGAGUGUCGUCUACUUGAAAAACAAGAGAAAAAAUAAAAUAAAAUAAAGUGAAUUAUUUAUAUUUUCAACUGAGAGUGUGAAUUAAAUGUAAUUGAGACUGAAUUAAUUAAUUAAAAAUAAAAAACAAAAUAUUUAAAAUAAAGAAAAGUGUUGAACGUCUGUUAACCGCUUUCGAGUUGGAGUCUCCACUGCGUUUGCCGCGGUUCAAACUGAAAUACACACGCACAUACAUAGUAAUAUGGCCUGUUUGCACAACAGCAACGUUGGUCCUUAAGCUCCCGCAUACAGGUGCUUGGCCUAUUUGUUGUAUAUACAAUCAACAUCAUCAAUAAAUUACAAAAAAAAACAACAAUUUUUACACAAAUUGUGAAAAAAGUAAUAAUAAAAUACAGUGUUAAUUUCUGCAUUUCUGUUCAUUCGUACAUUUGAGUUACAUACACACACACACAUACACACUUUUGUUGUUUCAUCGCUCUUUGUUGUGUUCACUCUCCCCACACACACAUACAUACAUACAUUUGUAUAAUUUUCUGCUGCUUUUUUUUCGUACAAUUUGUUGCUCAUUCUGUGUUUGCGUGAAGUGAAGUACACAUAUUUAUAAGUUCAGUUGUAAUAAAAAAAAAGGGAAAAUGAAAAUCGUACAGAACUGACUAUGACUAUGCUGCAUGCAAACUUUUAAGUUUAUUUCAAUUGAAUUUUUUCGUUGAACGAUGGAUCGUCGUGGAUUGAAGUUUAUUUCGAAAAGAACGGAUAUUGAAAGCGACGUCACACAUCCAACGCCUACCAACGUCUACUUACCUACACAACCUUUGAAGGAUAACUCGAAUAUUAGGAUUAUUAGAGUCAAUUCUGAGUAUACGCAGUCAGUGGAUAGCACAACAGCUGCAUUAAAACAACAGCAACAACAACAACAACAGCAUAAUCAACAAGCGAACACCAACACAACAACUACCACUAACAAUAGUGUUCAUACACACAUAAGCAACAACAAUAGUAACGUAAAUUCUCACAAAAACAACGAACGCCCACUAAAGUGUCUCGAAACACUCGCACAAAAGGCGGGCAUUACAUUUGACGAGAAAUACGAUUUUGCCAGUCCACCAUAUCCGGAGACGCAUAUAAGUAGCGCUAGCCAACACAAUCACAACAACAACAGUAACAGCAACAGUCAUAAUAGCCACACUACAAGCUACAAGCUCACUUUAGGUAACAGUGGUGGUGGCGUUUCAUCUUCAACAUCAUCAUCAGCUGCAACAGCAACAACAUCCACAUCGAUUUCCUCGUCUGCAUCGUCAUCGACGUUUGUCAGCUCCUCGACAACGGCCGCUGUAAACAAUUCAGCGCCGCAAAACCACGUGACAACGCAUAAAAACUUCACGCUGGAGAAAUCACAGAGUCCAGCCCAACAGGUGGCGCCCUCAUCGGUGCCACUGCAAAUCUCACCGGAACAAUUGCAGCAGUUGCAACAAUUGCAACUGCAACAUGGCUCACCAUUCGCCACCAUACAGGUGAAACAGGAAUUUCCCACACACACUGCCACCACACAUCAGCUGAGCGCCGGCGCUGCUGGCGAACUAAAGCAUGCCGGCCUGCUGGAUCCCACGCAAGCCAAUCAAUUGCAACAAAUGCAAAUGCAGUUGGCCGAUCCGACGGCCGGUGCACCGGGCAGUCCAGCUAAUCAGCAAACACCGAGUAGCGCUGCGGCCGCCGUCGCCGCAAUGCAACAACAACACUCGACUACCAUAAGCACCAUGUCGCCGAUGCAGCUGACCGGUCAGGUUUUGGGCGAUUGGGGGCAGGGGCGCACCGUGCAGUUGAUGCCGCAGCAGACGGCGCUCAAUUCGGGUUUCAUCUAUCCGCAGCUGGUCUCCGGCAAUCUGAUACACUCCAAUUUGGGUCAGCAGCCGAUACAGGUUAUUGCCAGCAAGCCGUUUCAAGGUGGCACUCCGCAAAUGAUUACCACCACCACACAGAAUGCCAAGCAGAUGAUUGGCGGCAAUGCCGGGUUCCCCAACACCUAUGCCAUCCCGUCCAGUCAAUCGCCGCAGGCGCUACUCUUCACGCCGGUGCUGGCACAAUCGCCGCAACAACAACAGAACCUAUUCAAUUCCAUGGUCGCCUCCGCGGCUAAUGCACAACAACAGCAACAACAACAGCAGCAGCAACAGCAAGCGCAGAACGCCAAGGCCACAAACGAUGCGCAGAAGAGUCUGCAGCAGAAGGUGGUGCAGAAGGUGACAACCACCACGAAUACGGUGCAAUCGGCUACCGGCACUGCAGGUGGCGUGGCACAGCAGCAACAGCAACAGUCGACCCAACAGUGUGUGCAGGUGUCACAAGCGACCAUGCCCACGCAGAUAAUUAGCCCAUUGCAGGGCGCUACCGGCACGCAGCAAAUGCAAAUCGGACCUUGGGUGCCGUUCUGGCAGAAUCCGAUUAUAAUACGCGGCACACAGCCGGACGGCACGCAGAGCAUGUUCAUCCAGCAGCCGGCGGCGCAUCAGACCAUACAGGCGCAGCAGCAGAAUCCGAUCACCUUGCAGUGCAACCUCGCACAGACCGCCGCCAAGCCGCGCCAACAAAUCGAAGCACUCGCGCCCAAGCAACAGCAAACCCAUCAGCAACAAACCCAGCAGCAACAACAACAAACAGCACAGGCCGUCGUCGCUGCACAGCUGCAGCAGCAAGCCAUCACCGCUAGCCAAUUGCAACAGCAAGUGGCACAACGUGUGCCGCAAAUACUGCCACAAAAUGGCGCACAAAUACGUCCGGCCAGUUCGGUGUCGACACAGACAGCGCAGAAUCAGAGUUUGCUGAAGAAGAUGCGCACCAAGCAGCAGCCUGUGCGGCCGGCUCUGCCAACGAUGAAGACUGAAAACGGGCAGCCGCAGCAGGUGAAGGCGCAAACCGUGGCCACAGCAGCGGGACUGCAGCAACAGGGCGCCACCAUGCAUCAGGUGGUGACGCCGGCGGGCAAGAUGGUUGUGAUGAGCACUGGACCGUCGAUAACUAUACAAAAUGGGCAGGCUAUACAACAGACCACCACGACUGGGCAUGUGGAUAAGCAGCAGCAGCAGCAGCAACAACAGCAGAUACAAAUACAACAAAUACAGAAGCAGCAGCAGCAACAAGUGUUGCUACAACAACAUUUAUUACAGCAACAAUUCGCCUCCGCCAUACAAAUGCAACAGCAGCAGCAGCAGCAACAACAGCAAUUGCAACAACAACAGCAGCCACAACCAAUACAAUUGCAAGUGACACCGCAAACAUUCAUCACACAACAACAGCAACAACUGCAAACUCAGCUGUUGCAACAGCAAUUGGUGCAACAACAACAGCAGCAGCAACAGCAACAGCAGCAACAACAACAACAGCAGCAGCAACAACAACAACAACAGCAGCAGCAGCGUGAACAGCAACAACAGCAACAACAAAAUAUAAUACAUCAAAUUGUUGUACAACAACAACAACAGCCACAACAAACGCAGGCACAAGCGCAACAACAACAGCAACAAACGCACCUUUCAACGCAAAUCGCCGGCGUACCAUUCUCGGUAUCAUCCUCAACACCAUCGAGCAUAGCUUCGUCAGCUGCCGCCGCAUUGCAACAACACGCUGUCUAUCAAUCGAAGGCCUCGACACUGCCGACCACUUCGGUGGUGACCAUCACAAAUCAGGCUGGUCCGCUGGUGACCAGCACCAUUGGCAUUAAUCAGACUGCACAGUUGCAGCAGCAGCAGCAACAGCAACAACAACAACAGCAACAGCAAAGUCUAUUAGCAGCUUCUCUGGCUGCUUCGCAACAACAACAGGCGCAACAACAUGCUCAACAGCAAGCGCAACAGCAGGCACAGCAACAACAUCAACAGCAGCAGCAAGCACAGCAACAGCAACAGCAUCAACAACAACAAGCACAAGCGCUAGCACAACAACAAGCGCAGCAGCAGCAACAGCAACAACAACAGCAGCAAAAUCAAAUGGCGCCACCAGCCACUCAACCGCUGCCGCAGCCCAGUAUUGUCUCCACACCCACGCAAAGCCCACUGCUCGGUCUCACUUCAAUGAUGAACGCAUCCAUGGGUGGCAUACAGUCUUCACCGGUCACCUCCACAGGAACAGCAGCGGCCACAAUGGCAUCGCCCAUAAAUAGCGGUGCUGGCGGUGGUGUAACCUCGCUACCCGGUACACCCCUGAAAGCGCUGUCGAACGAUCAACAGCAGCAACAACUGCAGCAACAACAACAACAACUACAACAGCAAUAUAAAAACGCUUUAGCCGCACAGACGCAAGCACAUAUAACCAUGGUGGGCAGCAUUGCCUCCGAAGCGAAUCGCACAAUACAAGUCUCAUCGGCCAACGCAGCGGCAAAUAAUAAUCAAAUGUUGCAAAUGAAUAAUGCCAAUGCAACGAAUGCGGCUGCAACGGCGGCGGCCGAAAUGAAAGAGGCUGCAGCUAAAACAGCAAUGGAGGCGCCGAAAGCAGUGCCACCGCAACAACAAGCGGUUGAGCCAACAUCUGCGAGCUCCACCACCACCACCACAACAACGCAACAACAAGCACAAGCUAAUAACGCAUCUAGUGGCGGUAAUGCUUCGGCGACAUCUGCCAAUCAGUCGGGUGCAGAAGCGGCUAAAGCUGCAAAUGCUAUGGACACUACGCCGGCGCCAACGACGCCCAGUACACCCACCACUACAGCCGCAUCGCCGACGAAAAAUGUAGCGAAUGUGACGUCGCUUACGCAGUCCACUACAACAUCGCCGACCAAAGGCGCUUCUGGCAAUCGCGCGCAUGACAACGCCAAAACCAACAACACUGAGGCGGAAAAAUCUGCCGCCGCCGCUGCCGCAACUUCUACAAAUGACGAGGGCAAUACUCAACCCGUUAAAGCCAACAAUGCAAUCUCUAUGCCGAAGAACAUGUCCAGCAUGACAAACAUUAAAGUGGAAAAGGAUUUGCCUAAAGCCAUGAUCAAACCCAACGUACUGACACAUGUCAUCGAAGGCUUGUUGAUAAAGGAAGCCGACGAACCGUUCCCCGUGACACGACAGCGUUACACAGACAAGGAUACCGAAGACGAGCCACCCAAGAAAAAGAUCUCUUUGGAUGAAGAGGCGCACAACGCGAUCAAUCAAACUAAUGGUGCUCAUACACUACCACCCGACAUGGUUGCUUGCGAGCAAUGCGGCAAACCGGAGCAUAAGACGAAAUUGAAGAAGAAACGUUUCUGCUCGUUGACCUGCGCACGCCAAUCGAAAGCAUCAAUGCAUGAACAACCCGCGGAGGCGCCAACGCAGAGCAACAACAGCGCCUCGGCAGCUGCCAAUCAGCAUAACAACUCCGAAGCAAUGUUGUCCAACAAUAAGAACACCAUCGAGAUCUCCAGUAUUACCAGCAACACAAAUGAAGCGCCUGCGCCGGAGAAAAUGCAAACUGAGCCCAUACCAUCGGCGCCGGUCACCGGCUACAGCAAUACUGCUGCCGCCAACAAUGCCGCCAAACAUGAAAAUGCCGCGCACGUUGCCGCGGCCGAAGCGCAACACGCGGCGAAUGUUGCUGCAGCCGCCAAUGCGGUUGCUGUUGCAACAGCUGCUGCUGCCACUGCGGCCAACACUGCUGCUAACGCUGCGGCUGCGCAAGCGGAACGUCCCUCCAUGGCCGAUUGGACGGUGGCUGAGGUGUGCGAAUUCAUACGUCACCUGCCCGGCUGCACGGAUUACGUCGAUGACUUCGAACAGCAGGAGAUUGACGGUCAGGCGUUGAUGUUGCUCAAGGAGAAUCAUUUGGUGAAUGCGAUGGGCAUGAAAUUGGGACCGGCGCUCAAGAUCGUCGCCAAGGUGGAGUCGAUGAAGGAGCAGGCGCCAGCGCCGAAUGCCGAUAAAGAGAUGCAGCAGUAGAAACGGCGUGUGAAGUUUGUAAAUAAAUUAUUUGAGGCGUUAAUUUAAUGCGAAGUAUAGAAGUUUAAGGCGGUGGUAACUCUAUUCGUUAAGUAGGCUUUGUACAUAAAGUUUAGCUGAAACUGAAAAAAAAACAAAAAAAAUGUGGAUAACUGUGCGUAAAGGCACGCAAUUCUUUUAAAUCACUUGUUUUUCUUUUUCUCGAGAACUUGAAAUAUUUUGUUGAAUCAUAUUUUAUUAUACGAAAUGACUGUGCUAAUUAACUUGGACACUUCUGUUUUUUAAUUAUUACAUAAUUCUACUUUAUUUUUGUUUAACUUCCUUCUUAAUUGCGUAAUUAGUAAAUUUAUGGUUUAAGUUCUGCAUAAUAAUAUUAUUAUAUAAGUAAUGUAUAUGAGUUUUGCAUGCGUUGCAGACGCCCAUAAACAGCUGGAGUUAUGGAUAUUUCAAAACUCAAAAACCUACAGAUGUAAACUCAAAGAGUAUUUUUAUUUUUAUUUUUAUCACCUAUUGCUAUUACAUAUUCACGACUAUGUAGGACGUAUAAAUGUUAGUUUGUAAGCGUGUACAUUUAAUUGAUUACUAAUAUAUAAUAUUGCUACUCAAGCAUAUUCGAAAUAAAUAAAAUGGCAUUAAUUGCGAAUAAGUUCAUGUGAAAAUUUCAUAAAAGAA